CAACUCUCACUUCCCCAGCUGCAGAUCAACCUUGGUAUACGCUGCCUUGGGGACGGCAACAAAAACAGCCCUCCCAAGAUAAUCAUCCCCCAAUUACAGCUGCUACUUCUCUAAAACGCUAAUUUUUUUUCUUUUGUACGAACCAAGCAAUUCUCGUAGACCCUUUCAAUGCCCCCAGUUAAAUACCCACUCCCAAUCCCCUCAAUUCUCUCAAAUUUUACUUUUGUUCAUAUGCAGAUUGCCUCUGAUAUUCCUUUACCAUGAGCAACAUCCCAUCAUCUCUCACAGAUUCUUCACUUACCCUUUUCAAACUCGUCAUUUCUACUUUUGAUCUUUGGGCUUUCUCUAUUCUUCUCUCAUAACCUAAAUUUUCAGAUAUCAACUCGAUUAAAAUCUUGUGUGCUUUGUUUUUUUUUUUUUUUUAUUAUUAAAAUGGGGAGAGGAGAAAAACCCCCUAUGAGUUUCCAUCUUCAAUAUCAUCAUCACGGGAAGAAAGAUUUGAAGGAUAUCCCGAAAGGGUGUCUGGCAAUCAUGGUGGGUCAUGAAGGGGAAAAGCAGCAGAGGUUUGUAAUUCCGGUGAUAUACAUAAACCAUCCCCUGUUCAUGCAGCUUUUGAAGGAUGCAGAGGAGGAAUAUGGGUUCGAUCAGACAGGACCCAUCACCAUCCCUUGCCAUGUCGAGGAUUUCCGAAAUGUCCAGGGCUUAAUCGACAAAGAGCAGGGCUAUCACCCCCAUGUCUGGUGUUUUAGGGCUUGAUCAAGUCAUGUAUAUCUGUUUCUUUUCCCACUUUUUUAGGUUUUUUUCUUUUCCCCUUUUCUUGUAGUAAAUAAAUAUAAAGAUCGUCCCUUUGUAGAUGAUGGUAACUAAAAAGUUGAAUGAGAA